AUGCCCCGAUUCCUGGGUGAGUUUACUAACCACGGAGGCUUCAGGAUUUACCUCCGGCCCAGAGAAAUGUCCUGCUAUGACCUGUGUGCUCCCACUCCCUGUGGCCCAACCCCACUGGCCAACAGCUGCAACGAGCCCUGUGUGCGCCAGUGCCAGGACUCCACAGUGGUCAUCCAGCCCUCUCCCGUCGUGGUCACCCUGCCCGGACCCAUCCUCAGCUCCUUCCCCCAGAACACUACUGUGGGAUCCUCAGCAUCUGCUGCUGUUGGGAGUGCUCUCAGUGCAGGAGGAGUGCCCAUUUCCUCCGGCAGCUCCUUGGGAUUUGGGAGCUUUGGUUAUCCCAGUCUGGGCAGCGGGUACAGCAGGCCCUACCGCCGCUACAACACCUACCGCAGCGGCUUCAAUGGGCCAUGCUAG